AUGGAGGAUUCUGGCCGCAUUAAUGUUACUAUGACCGCUGGAGAAUAUGAGCUUUUCAAGAAGGCCAAGAGACGAGCAGCCUCCGAGAAGCAAGCGAUCGUCUCGCGACCGCGACAAGUUCCUGCUGAAGCUUCUAAGGAGCCCCUCCCUGUCUCAGAUCGGGGCUCUAAGAGAAAACAGCCUGAGGAUGUCCCCACCCCCACUUCGGAGAUUCUAAUGAGCACCUUCUCUCAUGGACUAAGAGAAGGAGAAUUCUUCAGAGAUCUCAUCAAGAAUCCCGCUCAAAAUUUUGAUGAAAUGGUGGAAAAAGCUGUCUGCUACAUCAAAAUGGAAGAAGCACAAGCGAUUCGAAGGAAAGUCGAAAGACCACCUCCCUCUACCAACAAGCCGGAGAGAAGAGUGCCUCAACCACCUCCUCAACCUCUGCCGCGCGCUCGGGAAACCAGACCUACCUUCCAGCCCGGGCUGGAGAUCAGACCCGCUCCCCGAGUUGCAGCUGUGCAUGCUCCCCGACCAGGACCAUGGAACAAUCGGUAUUGCACUUAUCAUCGGUCUCGCACUCAUGAUACUAAUCACUGUUUUCAGUUUGCUCGGGACUCCAAACGGGCUGCCGAGAUGGGCUUACCGCCGCCCGAGCUAGCCUCUCAGUUAAUCAAGAUGAUGGAAGAGCAACGAGCCGCAGCAGGACAGGCCGGGCAAUCCCGUCCUGACCUAGCAGGACCCAGUACUCAUCAAUCCGGUCGGGGGAAAGAGCUAGAAGGAUCACGGGAGGCCGAGAACAGAGGUAAUGCAGUCGUAAGGGAGAUCGGCAUGAUCUCUGGUGGGUCGACUGAUGGAGAUUCAGGGAGGGCACACAAGUCACAUGUGUGUCGGUUGGAGGUGCAUACUGUCGGAUGCAGUCAAGAGCAGGCUGCUGGCCCUGUUAUCAGCUUCGGGCCUGCAGACCUGGAAGGUCUGGAGUUACCUCAUGAUGAUGCCAUCAUCAUCAAAGCCAUCAUUGCCAAUAGCCAAGUGGCUUGGGUUUUUGUUGACACUGGGAGCUCGGUCAAUAUUCUAUUCAGGACCGCAUUCGAGGAGAUGCAGAUUGAUGCUACUUAA